AUGUGGCAGCUGCCCAUCUACCCGGCAUCACAGCCUGAUGUUCUACUCCUCGAGACACCCUCAGAGCUCGAGCAGCGCAUUGGCGUCGCCCGCCGUGCCGUGACGGCAACUUACCUCGACGCGCGCGCACAGGUCCAAGGCGUCAUCUCCCGCUGGAUAUCUGUCGAGCAGUCAGUCGAGCACCGCGUCAAGUCGCUUAUUGCGCCUGACGAGCCGCUCACCCCCGGACUCCUCUACGUCGGCGUCGCGACCCUUACCGGCUCCGUGUUUGCACGCAAUCGCUCGCUUGCCACGCGCGCGCUCCUCCCGCCGACGCUACUCGUCCUCGCACUCAACCACUUCCUUCCGAAGACGACGCACAACGUCGCGCAGUACUUCGGCGCGCUGGAGGACGCACACUUCCCCACGUUCGCGGAGAAGCACGAGAUCGCCAAGGCGCACUCCGCCAUGACCUGGGAACGCGUCAAGGAUGCGACGCAAAACGGGCGUGCGGCAAUGCAGGCUGCCGUAGAGGGUGCUGUUGUGCGUGUCGAGGAAGCAACAGGGCUCAAGCUGAAGGAGGCGCUGGCCCGGAGCGAAGGCGUCGUGCGCGCGGUAGAGACACAGGCAAUUGCGGUCGCACACAGUGCUCAAGCACAGGUGGAGGCGGCGACGGAUGUUGUCUCGCACAAGGUGGAGGAGGUGAAGGAGGCCGCGGAACAGAAGGCUGCAGCAGUGACUGGUGCCGCGGAGGAGAAAAUUGCGCAAAGGGCAGUCGAGCCGCCCAAACGACUAGUAUGA